AAUUAACAUAUUAAAAUAAGGCUUAAAAGUUGUUAUUUAUCAAUCAGCCAUGAGGUGUUAACAACAUAAGACCAGUGUGCCAAGAGGUAGAGCAGCUCGUGCUCUCACUUCCUCGUUAAGUGGUUUGACGGCUGUUCUUCCUCAUUACACUGGAAAAGAAACUGGCUGUGAGUCAGUCGUUUGACAGCCAUGAAGGACGGUAUCACAGCGGGAGAAAACAGCGAGGUGUCCCGCCUGGAGGUCUUUGAGGACUACGUCAAGUGUUUCCUUCAGGUGUGUACAGAAGUUGGACCAUGUCGAGAGGACCGACUGCUGGAGAAGGCGGCUCAGUAUCUCCUGACGGAACCAGAACUCAGAGGGAUCUUCACGCACUUCCCUUUCUACCAGUCUGUUGAAGAGGGCUGUAGAGCCUCGGGGGAAGACUGCAGGAGGUUUCUCUCUGCUGUCAUCAAAGCUACAGAAUUAUUAGAGACUCUCUGUGUCAAUAUUGUCCUUCAGCCAUGGAAGAAAGAAAUCAAGACAUUGAAGACUUUUACAGGUCCCUUUGUGUACGGUCUCCUGCCAGUUUUCAGCAGUUCUACCAUUCAGUCUAUCCUGGCCUCUAUUGGAUACCUGCCACAUGCUGACACUCCAGUGAGUGAGUACAGACUCUGUGAAGAAGUGGACCCUGACAGAGUCAAGCUGGUGGGCUUUGAGCUGCUGCUGGCACGGGUGGAAUGCUGUCAUCUCCUGGAGCUCCACGACCAGCAUCAGGCGGGACAACAGACGUGGCUGGAGGUUCUCCACGAGAGACUGGGAUCUACGGAGCUGGAGGAAUCCACAGACGAGAAGACGGUGGGGCGAAAGGAAGAAGAGGAGGAGAGGAAGAAUGAAGAGGCAGGUGGUAAAGAGGUACCUCUGCGUUUGGAGAGCAGGAUCGGAGUGAAACCCAAACCCAAGCCCAAACCUCGACACUGCAGUCUGAACAAUGAAGACCGAUCUUUUAUGGAGAUGCAAAUAAAUUACCCGGACUUGGUCUUCAGGGGCCGCCCUCUGCUUCCAGACAAACCUAACCGUGCAAAAAGCAGCAGAAGCAGCUGUAAAGCAAGCAUCAAUAUCACACCUGAUGAGAGUAAAGCUGCUGAGCUCCCCACAGGAGAUCCUGUGGAAGACAUUGAAGCUUCUUCUACAACCACCUGCAGUAAAAGUGAAGUCAGCCAACCGGAUGAGUCAUGUGUUGAUGAUGUCACAUGCAGUGGUAGUAAUAAUAGAGACUGUGGUGGAACUGCAGCCACAGGAGACACCGUGACCGGCAGCUUAUCUAACGCUGGAGAGGGCAGAGUUGAUGAUGAGCAUGAACAUCGUCGUGCCAUUUCCCUGCACAUCACAAUGAGAGCCGGGUCCACAGCAGGGCAGAGUCUUACAGCUGGACAGCCUCAGCCCGCUGCAGAGCCUCCACAACAGCAGACUGCAGCAGGCGACAACCAAGGGAGUCCAUCUCUGAGCUCCGCAGACCUGAAGGACAUCAGAGAGCUGGAAGAGAGGAUGGGCCAGCUGGAUUUACAGGAGACGAAGGAGGAAGAGAGGAGGAAACAAGAUGACAUGAGUGGAGGGAAGAAAAUAAAUAAAGAGAGGAGGAGGGUGAAAGUGAGGAAAGCAAGAACAGAUGUAAAGGCAGGAGAGCGGAGCCUGAGGAUUCCAGUGACGGAGACGGGUCCCGCACCUAGCCAGUCUGCAGGAAGACUCACCACACCGUCUGAGUCUGAUCCAGCAGUGAUGAAGCAGCAGGGAGGAGAUACAGAGAGCGCAGACACGGGCAGAGGAGAGGAGGAGCAGCUGUCACAGAGCUACGUUUUAGUCGAGCAUCACAAGAAAGAACAUGCUUCUCUUGUUUAAAUCACGAUAUUCAGAGCAGUGAUUUCAAAAACGACUGUGCAGACUUAAAAAGACAUUUAUCUAAGGCAGGUUUCAAACAGGCACUUUGCAAAAUAUCUCUAAGACUGCUGUAGAUUUAUUCAUAACAUCAAGACAUAAUUACAUGAAGGACGAUGUAACGGUUCUCCAACAGUAGUUUUUAUUCAGUUCUCUCUUAGCAGAUGAGGUAUGUUUGACUUUAGAACAUAUAUUAUGUGAAGGUCUCUUAAUUUUAUAGAAGAAGCAUCUUGACCUAAAUUCCUUAGGCAGUGUAAUCCUGAUGUCUCCUUUUUUAGAUUAUAUUAAUAAAGGUGAUGGAAGUCAUUCCUGA